AUGACCACUCGAGAGAAUUUCAAGGUGAUUGGGGACAUGCUUGAACUUGGACACCCACGCGAAGCGACAGCCCUGAUUGCAGUCAAAAAGUGGCUGACAACAUGUGUGCGCGACAUCGAUCGACUUACAAUAGAGGAAGUCAUGGCUGAUAUGGAAUUCUGGGGAUAUCUGCCCUGCAUCCUGGAUCGUCUGUUGCGCAGACAACUAGAAUUACAAUUGGAUGACAUUGAGGACAUCUCAGAUCUUUUCGAAGAAUAUCUUCUGGAUUAUGCUCUUAUUGUCGUUCAUCUCGUUCGCUUGGACAUCGCGUUCCUCACUGGCGUGGAGGGGGACGAAGACAUCGAUAUUUCGACGACCGCCUCUGGGAGAUAUCUCCACAGCUUGCCCUGGAUCAUCCAUGGCAUCCAGAUCCCUCUUUUCCAGGUCCUGGAGAGCCAAUUUUGCAUCGACGCACAUGCGUUUUCUGCUCGAAUCAAAGCUAAGAUCUUAGCUCCUCCAUUCGAUGCGUCGAGCGCAAUGAUGCAAUACGCCUCCAAGCUUGUUUCGUUGCUUCCGAAGUGCCCGAAACUCCUCGCCAUGCUUCCGGGCCCUCUGACCAAUAUGCUAUCGCUAUUUGAACGUGACACGGAUAUCGAUGAGAAUCGUGGUUCUGAUUCUUUAGUUGACACGCCUACCGAUUCGAACAGACUGCAGCCUUUUUACGAAACGAUUAGAGCAAUUGACAAAGCCUAUCAGAUCUUUGUGGGAAAGAAAUCGCAAUUGGCCACUGGCGAAAUGAGUGAUAGUCUGUUGGGCCCGAUUUUCCGCAGUUACAAGUUUCUUUGCCUCGGUUACCCGGAGUUCUUACUCCAACUGGCCCAGGAGCUAUCGGUUCAGGUACCCGAGGAAGCUGAUGCAGAACAAGCCGCACUCUGUGUUAUUUGGACAUGGAAAUUCGACAGCCUGAAAAGGCAGAUUAUGGAAGGUCGAAUGGAGCUCCGCGUUCACGGCGUGGAAGCGAUGCAGUCAGAUCUGAUUAGCAUCUGGAGUCAGAACAUAUCUCACAACCGGGAUGGGAAUGAGAUGCCGUUCUUGAAGUACAUGGUGGAAUACCUUCGGCGAAACAAGGUCCUUGAAUAUCUUGUGGGCAUUGACUCCCACCCACAGUUGAUUAGCCGCAGCAGUAACAUCUUCGGCUUUUUAAUUGUGACCGGCAAAUACACUGACCAUGACACUGAUGUCAUCUGGAAAACGGUCACUGAGAGUCAGGAUGAUCGGACUGUAUCUGAGGUUAUCGCCAUGCUCGCACGGACCUUUGCCAUGCAUCCAUUCAGAUCCAAGGCGUUGCUUUACGUGUGCUCAAAGGUGCUUGAGCUCCCUCUAGAUCGGUUUGACAGCCGCAUCAUCGAUUUCUGUGAGCAAUUGGUGCCUCGUAUGCGCGAGAGCCAAUCGGACAACGAUCGUGACUAUCGCAACCUGUCCAGCGGGGAGCAAGUUGACUCUAUUCCACUGAAGCUUUGUGUCCGCCUCAUUCGUGAGAGUUCUGGCGCGAAGGACCUACCCGCUGAACAAAAGGAGCUCAUGCAGGGAUUUGGAAGCGAGCAGCUGGCUCAGUUCAUCAAGGCCGGACUCAACGAAACUGAUAAGGCAGAAACAUAUGAGCGCUGCAUCCAAGACAUUGGGGAGAUGAAUGAAUGUGCUGCAGGUAGCAUACAAGUGUUGAAUGCACUCGUGCCUCGCGACGAUGCACGAGAGAUCUGGAAACUUGCUAACGAUUUCGACUUGACGCGCUUGGUGAUAAUUGAACUCCACCAUUUCGUCAGUGAAGACCACGCCAAACCCAAGGACCCGUCUUCAAAGCACGGCCUUUCCUCGAGAGUGGAAAUCAUGCGCCGUCUCAUUGAUCUGGCCCCGGAAACCAUCACUCCUGAUCUCGGUAACACUCUAUGGAAGGAGGUUCUCAUGUCUCAGAACUUGGCUCCUGACGAGCGUCAAGUGAUUUGGAAAAUGAUGGUUGAUCUCACAAAUCAUACCAGCAAAGAAAACCCGUUCCUUGAACGUUGCAUUCAUGAGUAUCUACCCGAAGUGCUUCCUAAGGAUUACUCUCGUGAGGUAUUGUGGUUCACACAACAGUCCGUCCACUACGAGAUCCGAAUCAAGCCCCCUUCCAUUGUCGGGGAGAAUGAAGUCAUAACCAUUCCUGGGAUCGAUCGAAUCUGGCAUCUCAUCCUCACGGCACCCCCGCAGUCAAUUGAAGCCGAGGCUAUCAAGUUUGCCAUCGAUAGCUAUUUGGACCACGGCGUUGUUCGCAGAUCCCCCCGAUCGGCCAUUGACGCUACCCACAUUGCCCUUGUCAAGCAAUGUGUUGACCAACUGAAAUCCGCCGCUGCCGCGUUGAAAUCGCCAUGCAAUGAAAGAACCGAUGGCGACGUCGCCAUGGAUAUUGACAAAUCCAACAAUGAGACUGGGACCGAUGAGCUCACGUUCAGUCGUUCUCUGCAUUUCCUUCGUCAACUGCUGCAUGGACUGCGAACUAGACCGCAGUACAGCUCCCCUCGUGGCUCUCCGCCUACCCUCCCGGAACGUCCUCUGAAGGGCGAUCCCGUUGAAUUCAGAUACCAAUGUUUCAAUGGCACUACCACAUCAAAAAUCUGCUCUGUCCGCAUUGGUGGUCUUUCCACGGCUUCGGAGCUUGUAGAAAUGCUCGUUCAACUCAGUCGAUUUUCCAAAUUUACUGCUAUACUUGGUGGACAGAAAGUCGAGUUACUUCAAGACCCAGAGGCCCUCGUGCAGAACCUGAAGCUCUCUUCCGGUUUGCUCAUUCUUCGAAAAGCCCCGGAUGCCCACGAAGUCACCUGGGCUGGGAGACGUCAGUCCCUGACAGCAGUGGACAACGAAGUACUUCAACACUUCGACGAGCUAUAUGAUUUGCUGGAUCUGAAGGAUGACUUAGCUCGGCAGAUCAUUGAUUUCUUGGUUGUCUUCCCGCCUCAGGCGCAAGCGCUAGAACUCGUUCGGUCGAAGAACAAUUCCGAGACAGACAUGUUCCCAUUGCAGCGGCCCUUCAAGGCUCUGUACUCGUUGAGCACAUUGUCAAUGUGUCUUCACGAGGAGGCUGUAGAAAUGCCUCCAGAUCAAGGCUUUGUCUCUCACAGCGUUCAAGUUUUGGUUGCAUUCUUGACAUCAGAUGAACUGUUUGGUUCCUUCUCCAGUAACUCCAUAACUGUUCUGCUAGCUACGAGAGCCAUCGAAUGCCUUCUGCUAGCUAUAUCUGUGUAUCGACCCGAAGAUGAUGAAGCUGUCCUCAUCGCCAACCCACAGUCCUUGGUCCCACGCAUUCUUGAAUUGCUUGAGAUUGGUCGCGCGAGUCCUACUGAUCCACGAGCUGGUACAUGUGCCCAAGGCCUGAUUUGCAAUUCUUUCGCAGUUCUAGUCGAGGGUUCAUUGCGCGACAUCAAUGUCUGGAAUGCCGUUAAGCAACACGCCAAGUUUGAUGAGUUGAUCCUAUCACUUCUCCUGGAAGAAACACGCAAAUCAAUUCGAACGGAUAUUCUCGAACGUUUGAAGAUAGUUUGCGGUCCCUUGAAGCCAUUUAAGCUGUCAAUGAAAAAGAUUGAUGUGGAAUCUUCUGUUGCAGAGAACCCAAAUCGGAUUGACAUGCUUGCCACUCUUUGGUCUUCCAUUUUACAGGUCAUCCCCAAGACUAUCGAACAUGUCCCUCGAUCCGAAGAAUUCUUCAAUGCUUCUCUAUGGCUAUUCCGCACUAUUGCGCAAAAGUCGCCUGGGGACGUGGUCUUCAAUGAGUAUCUCCGACAGUGGAGUGGAGUGAUGCUCACUCACCAAACACAAGAGUUUGUUGGACGUGAACCUGCAGAUAAUCUGGUGAUUGGCUUUUCGGCACUGUUAGAAUGGUGCCUUGAGUUGGCCAACGCUGCAGGUGUCACUUUGAAUACACUGACUAUUGCCGAGGACAUCUUCAACCAGUACCUGUUCCCGGACUUUUCGCCUGAGACGGCGGAGCACGUAGUCCCUCAUGUUCCAGUGAUGCACAGCUACACCCGCUCCAGCCUUUACAGCGUGGUUCUCUUGUUGUGCAAGCAGAGCGAUCAGACUUAUUGUCGAAUUUUGGAACUGCUCGGCUCAAAUGUUCCCCGAGACUCUCUCUAUCUCGAAUCUGCCUUUGACCGAUCGUUAAUGCUUCGGUCGCCGGAAGGCUAUGCGGGGCUGAAGAACCUCUCGAACACUUGCUAUCUCAAUUCGCUCAUGACUCAGCUCUUCAUGAAUAUUGAUUUCCGGGAUUUUAUCCUCAAUCUGCCCAUUACUGAUCGCAUUUCACAAAAGCUUCUCUAUGAAACCCAACGGCUGUUCACAUGGAUGCAAGAGACUUGGAGCAAGGGUAUCGAACCCUCAGAAUUCGUGAAAAGCAUUCUUACAUACGACAACGAGGAGAUCGACGUCACUGUCCAGAUGGAUGUCGAUGAGUUUUACAACCUGCUCUUUGAUCGCUGGGAGGCCCAGGUUCUCGAUGGUGAGAAGAAAAAGAGGUUCCGGUCUUUUUAUGGAGGGCAGCUUGUUCAGCAAAUCAAGUCAAUGGAGUGCGAUCAUAUCUCUGAACGACUUGAGCCAUUCUCUGCGAUCCAGUGUGAGAUCAAAGGAAAAGCGACACUGGAAGACAGUCUGCGGGCUUACGUGGCGGGUGAGGUUAUGCAGGGAGAUAACAAAUACUCCUGUACCUCAUGUGGACGGCAUGUUGACGCUGUUAAGCGUGCUUGUCUGAAAGAUGUUCCUGACAACCUGAUCUUCCACCUGAAGCGUUUUGACUUUGACAUGGUACAUAUGCUGAGAAGCAAGAUUAACGAUGAAUUCCAAUUCCCUCACCACAUCGAUAUGUCACCCUACACAGUUGAGCACCUUUCUGACCCCGAGCAAACCAUCGCUCCGGAUAUGUUUGAAUUGGUUGGCGUUCUUGUGCACACCGGUACAGCCGAAUCAGGUCAUUAUUACUCAUAUACCCUCCAACGUCCCUCGUCCGGCGGGGAAGCUUCUUGGGUCGAGUUCAAUGAUUCUGAUGUCUCCAAAUUCGACCCUUCUUUGAUCGCAAGCCACUGUUUCGGUGGCCCGAGUGAGACCAUGCAGUAUAUCAACGGGGCCCCAAAGAGCAAAGUGUGGAAUGCAUACAUGUUGUUCUACCAACGUGUGUCUACCAUUGAGAAAUCCAAAGAGGUCUUCAAGCCAACGAAGCCUGAUGUUCCUGUACACGUUCCGGUGUCAAUCACAACCCAGAAUUAUAUUGCCAUGGACAACGAGUUGCUUAUUCGGGUCUACUGUCUUCUGGAUCCACAAUACGCAUUUUUUGUGCACAAGUUACUCCAGCGAUGGCCCAACAUGGCUCUCGAGAAUGCCGAUAAAAUAAGAGCGGAAUCGUUGGCUAUCGAUAUUGGGAUGGACACCAUUGAGCAAUUAGUUACUCGUACCAAGGAUCUUCAAGGACACCAAGAACUUUACGGUGAACUCAUUGACAUGAUUGACAAGAGUCCCAACGCUGCUCAAUCCACCCUUGAGUGGGUUGUUGACCGGCCAACCUCACUUUACAACAUCAUGAUCAAGACGCAGCAGCCGGAAAUCCGAAGCAAAGCAAUUAUGCUGAUCAAUCAUGCCUUGAAGCAGCUCCACUUGAUAUCCACAGAGCCGGAUUUCAACGAAGAUGAACGGAUAUUGUGGUGCGACCGAUUUGAAGAUCUCAUUCAACGCAUUGUGGUCAUGCUGUCAAGCCUGUGGUCCGAUGUACAAUGCACUAUGCGGGUUUGGGAGGACUACUUUGGCUUCCUUCUCAAACUUUCCAAUUACGGCGCAAGUGUCAUUCAGAUCUUACUUGAGCAAGGGUAUUUUGCCGUCUGUUUGGAAAUUCUCUGGAUUGAUGAAGCGGAUACCAAGAGACUGCGCAAUCGACAUCCAAAUUAUGCGCGCCUAUUGAGCAAGGGACGCCGUUUCAGCUAUCAGUCUUUGCUGUCAUUGUGCCUGGUCUUUUUCAGACAUGUUGACCUUUCGCUUCGCCCUACCCCUGUUGGUGGACAGAGGCGAAUUCUUAACGGGAGGUUCUCAACUAACACCAGGGAAAUGGACCUCAUCAAGCCAACUGACAGUGAAGGUUCUUUGUCCCUCUUGGUGAAGGUUGUGAACCACGAUAAUCUUGCCAGGUCCCCGGUCAUCCGCGUUCUCAUUGGAAUAUUGCUAGAUGGUGAGCCUGAGACAGAUUUAUUGAAUUCCAUCCAAUCAACACUGGAAAGUGGCGUGAGAAUCGACCCUGCUGUCCAAUGCGCACCUUUUCUGGGUGCAGCCGCAACGUUCUGCCAACGUUGCCCAGACGAGCGACGAGUCGUUGGUAUGAUUGAGUUUAUUGCAAAGGGAGUCGAAAGCAUCAACAACAGCGGCGGCCAGGAGCACAUCGACUUCUUCAUGCAUCUCUGCCAUGGCACCAACGAGCGCCUGAACAUGGAACCGGCUACUUUCAAAGAACUUGUUCUAGAAAGCAUUCCCAUCUGGGCCCCGACCUUGCUCAUUUAUAAGGAUGAGACUGUUCGUCGGAACAUGCACAAUGUCCUCGAAGAGAAGCUCUUCAAAGAGGAGAACACGGAAACCGAUGCAGCAGACAUUGAGCAAGAUGGUGACCUACCCAAUGAUGAAUUACAGACGCUCGAGCAACAAAAGUCUACUACUCAAGCACGGCGCCAUAACAUUGGCCGUCGGCUUCUGAGAAGUUGUAUCCAUCGACUGAAACUUUCGUUCUUGAAUGAUCAAAUCAAUCAUGUCGACGGAAGAUUGCUUGAAAACAUCGCCCCAGUGAUGAACUACUGUCUAGCCACCUUUUACGGAGAUGAGACGGACCAGGACGACGGCCUGCAGGCCAAAGAACUCCUCUCACUGCUCAGAGCGAUGUCUCUCGAAGAAGUCCCUGACGACCCGCCUUCCGGUAGGCUUCGAUUCCUAUCCCUCGUGAAUGGCCCUGAAACAUCAUCUAACCCGAUACCCUUAGAAUCAGACGUGGUAUCCGUCGAGGAAUGGGAGGCAAACUCUGCGAUCGCAACAGAUUCCGAGACAGGAGUUCCUGGAUCUCCCUAA